AUGGUCGUUCGUAGUCGUGGUGUGGAUGUUAAUAGAAUUCACUUUUCGGAUUCUUUGAAAGGAGUUGAAUGCAUGGCACAUCCGACAUGGGAUGAUCACCAGCGAAAAAGAAGGAAGAAGAGGAAAUGGCUGAUAAGUCUGGCUACAUGGGAGCAGCAGGCUACUCCGGAUAUGUGGGAUCUGGAACAGGUGGAGGAUUUUAUGCAAAAGAAGAGUACGCAGAAAGUACUGGAUUACGCGGAGGAUCUUCACGCCGAACCAUUCCACAUGAAAUCUUUCAUAGCAACGCCAGUUUCAUGUGACUGUCCAUCGAAAGUAGUCAUCGAACGGUAUUGCACUUGCAAAGAAGAAACGUCAACUGUUUGUAUUCCUCUCCGGGCUCACGAGAACUGGGAGUAUCGGCCCGAGCGGUUGAAAACGUUGUUAACGGUCCUUUGUUUUUUCACUGUUAUGUUCAUUAAUCAUUUUGUGCUUGCUGUUAUAUCGGAUAUUAUAAGCAGGAUACCGCUUCCGGACUUGGCGCACUCCCUCAUUAAGCAAUACGACACUCCUAGACAUUUAGCUGAUCUCUUUGCGUCAGCUGCAGUUACUGUAUUGUUACUCGUAUGCAGUGUAUUUCAUAAAUAUAGGUGGAUAAUCACGCGGCGACUUUUCUACAUCGGAUCCGUGCUCUAUAUUAUGCGAGCGAUCAGCAUAUGUCUCACCCAUAUUCCAUCAGGAUUUCAUGAUUUUGAAAAUGAUAUAUGCGUUCCACCCAACCCUGACCCCAACCCUGACCUUGCUAGUGUGGCUUCGAAAUUCUUAAGCAUAUUGGCCACCUUUGGGCUGCAAGUUCAAAUGUCUGGUAACAAAUUGCACUGCGGUGAUAUGUUGUUCUCAGGUCAUACGACAGCUAUUUCCACUAGUUGUUUCUUUCUAAACUACUAUACACCGCAUUCACUUUGGCCAUUGAAGUUGAUUGCAAUAUCCUCAUGUAUUAUUGCAAUGUUUUGUAUUGUCAUCUCGCGGAUUCACUACUCAGUCGAUGUUGUAAUGGGCUACUGGAUCAGCAGUAUCAUCUUUAGCGUGUAUCACGGGUUUUGUGAAGUACCCCAUGUGCUUCGACCUCGUAAUCGACCUUUUCGACGACUUUUUCUUUUCUGGACAAUGUUCGAGCUCGAACGACAUGUUCCUGAAGGUCGUAUUCCGAAUAAGUUGGAAUGGCCUUUUCCAUGGCCAAAGAAAGCUCUCGCAGUCACUAUGGUCUCCGAUAUUCAUUUAGGCAAUCGCCGAUCGUUUUGA